GCCACCUCCUCGCCCACGCCUGCCCACGAGCGGCGCGCGAGGCGUAUCCUUCUUGCCGGCCAUUCAACGCCAAGAAGCACCACUGUCCAUCAAGGUGUUUGACGGUAGCACCUAGUGUCAUCCAGCCAGUCCCAUCCAGUCCUUCAAGAAGCUUUUUGCGCUGUUGCUUCGCAUCGACUUGACAAUAUAAGCACUCGCCUGUGCCAGUGAACAAUCCCUCGACGCACACGUCCGCAGCAACCAUGUCGGAGUGCGACACUGGCAACGAGUUCGAUGGCCGCCUGGGACUUCGCAUCUCCUCCAUCUUCGUCAUUCUCGUGGGAUCUGCCUUGGGUGCACUCUUCCCAGUCUACGCCGCACGACAUCGUGGCACAGGCGUUCCAGAAUGGGCGUUCUUCAUCGCCAAGUACUUUGGCUCUGGUGUGAUCGUGGCUACAGCGUUCAUACAUCUUCUAGCGCCCGCUGAGGAAGCCCUGAAGAAUGAGUGCCUCACAGGACCAAUCACGGAGUACACAUGGGUUGAAGGAAUCAUCCUCAUGACCGUCUUCCUACUGUUCUUCGUCGAGCUGAUGACGAUGCGCUAUGCGAAAUUCGGCCACUCUCAUGAUCACGAUGUCGAAGAUGUCACACAGGACAAGGCAUACGCGCUCACCGGCUCGCCUGACAUCAAAUAUCAGGACGAGCCCAGCGUUUCCACUGGCAAUGGCAAUGAAUGCCCGACCAAUCCUCAUGUUCCCGGCGACGACCACCUCGGACAUGCGAGAGACCACACUGAUUCAACAUCGGCUACUGCUGUGGCCGGGCAGAAGACGUUCGACCCGGAUUCAUACGCUGCGCAGAUGACGGCCGUCUUCAUCUUGGAAUUCGGUGUCAUCUUCCACUCGAUUUUCAUCGGUCUCACCUUGGCUGUAUCUGGCUCAGAAUUUGACACUCUAUAUGUUGUCUUGACUUUCCAUCAGACCUUCGAGGGACUCGCACUGGGCUCGAGACUUGGAAGCAUCAACUGGCCACAAUCUAAGCGAUUCACCCCAUACUUGCUCGGACUAGGCUAUGCUGUGUCAACGCCCAUUGCCAUUGGAAUCGGUCUCGGCGUGCGUGCUUCGCUCAACCCGAACAGCCAGUCCUUUCUCAUCGUCAACGGCGUCUUCGACUCUAUCUCGGCCGGCAUCCUCAUCUACACUGGUCUUGUGGAACUGAUGGCUCACGAGUUCAUGUUCAGUAGCUACAUGCAAAAAGCACCAAUAAGAUUGGUGCUCUCUGCCAUAGGCUGCAUGGUCCUCGGAGCACUUCUGAUGGCGAUUUUGGGCAAGUGGGCAUAGAAUUACCUCCCACGUUCGCAAACGCAUUUUCACGGCGUAAAGCAGCAUCAGCGUUGCAUUGUAAAGUUGGCAAUAGACACAAUACCUCACGACAGUCACGAUGUAUAGGAAAUUUCAUACAAAGAUACCACGCCUUUUGCGCUACGAAGAAUCCUGCCU